GCGGCGGCGGCUGGAAGCUGAGGUGAAGCUGGACUCGGACCCGAACCGUGCGGGCGUCCCUCCCUCGGGCCUGUCCUCACGAACUGUCUCCAGAGAGAGGGGACAGCUGUAGGCGUGCCGGGAGCUGCGCGAAACGCGGCCCCACCCGAAGCUUCCCACGGUAUUGUGAGCAAGCCGCGGGUGUUCUGUUGCAGAUUGUCCGUAAAAUUUGGCUUGGCUGGCCAGAAUUGCUCCUGGCUGGAAACAAUGAAGCAUUAUUUUGCAUGAAACUUGUACAGGACUGAGAUCAUGGCAUCUUCAACAAACUUAGAUGUCGGUGCCCAGUUAAUUGUGGAAGAAUGUACCACAAACUACAGCCUUCCACCUAUGCCAGACAUUAAAGUGGAGCAUCAGCUUGACACCAGCACAGAGGAAGGCCCAGCUCAGAGUGUCACCAUGGGGAUGAAAUUCAUUUUGCCCAAUAGAUUUGAUAUGAAUGUCUGCUCACGGUUUGUGAAGUCUUUGAAUGAGGAGGACAGUAAAAAUAUUCAAGAUCAAGUCAACUCUGACCUUGAAGUUGCAUCUGUCUUAUUUAAAGCUGAAUGCAACAGCCACACUUCUCCUUCCCCUGGUAUCCAAGUAAGACAUGUUUAUACUCCAUCAACUACUAAGCAUUUCUCACCAAUAAAACAGUCAACUACACUAACCAACAAACACAGGGGAAAUGAAGUCUCUACAACACCUCUACUUGUAAACUCUUUAUCAGUUCAUCAGCUGGCUGCUCAGGGAGAAAUGCUGUAUCUGGCCACACGUAUUGAACAAGAAAAUUUAAUCAAUCAUAAGGAUGAAGAAGGAUUUACCCCUCUGAUGUGGGCUGCAGCUCAUGGACAGAUAGCAGUAGUGGAAUUUCUCCUCCAGAAUGGUGCAGAUCCUCAGAUUCUGGGGAAGGGGCGAGAAAGUGCCCUCUCACUGGCCUGCAGUAAAGGAUACACAGAUAUUGUCAAAAUGCUGCUUGACUGUGGAGUUGAUGUCAAUGAGUAUGACUGGAAUGGAGGCACACCCUUGCUAUAUGCAGUACAUGGGAACCAUGUGAAAUGUGUAAAAAUUCUUCUCGAAAGUGGUGCUGAUCCAACUAUUGAAACAGACGCCGGUUAUAAUUCCAUGGAUUUGGCUGUAGCCUUGGGCUAUCGGAGUGUUCAGCAGGUUAUUGAGUCUCAUUUAUUAAAGCUGCUUCAAAAUAUCAAGGAAUAACAGUUGGCUCUUCUGCAGGUGCCACAUCUUGGCUUGGAGAUUGUAACUGCUGUUUAGCUCUAAUCGGUGACAAGAGUUGGUUGUUUUGUAACUUUACCUCAGUGCCACUACUUGCUGGCAUUAAUUAAGCUUUUUAGUUCUUCCUCUUCUUUCAGUGUUGUUAAUAAAAAUGUGCAAUGUCAUCCUUUUCUUAAGUAUAUUUUAUAUAAUUUUAGAAAUGUCAGUUGUUGUGCAUGAAAAACUUUGUAAAUAAACUCAGUUUUGACCAUCUAA